AUGUCAUUAUCAUCAGUUCUUAUAUCCAAUUGGUAUAUUGUAUUCACAGUAGUAAUCAUUUCCCAUAUAGUUGGGAAACGAUUAUAUGCCAAACAUUUAAUGAAAAAGUUUGGUGCUCAACCUUGUACUAAUAUAGAUUAUGAUGGUUAUCUUGGUUUUAAACUUGGAUUAAAAGCAUUAAGAACUAAAAGAGAAGGAAGAGCAGUAGAAUUCAAUAUUGCAAGAUUUAAAGCAAUGCCACAUCCUGAAGUUCCUACUUUUACAACAUAUAUAUUUGGUUUCCCAGUCAUUCAAACUAAAGAUCCAGAGAAUAUUAAAGCAAUAUUGGCUACUCAAUUUGAAGAUUUUUCCCUUGGUUUAAGAUUUAAGUUCUUUAAGCCAGUAUUGGGAUUAGGUAUUUUCACAGUAGAUGGUGAAGCUUGGAAACAUUCUCGAGCAAUGUUAAGACCACAAUUUACUAGAGAUCAAAUUUCUAGAAUUAAAUCAUUGGAACCACAUUUUAUUAAUUUAAAGAAACAUAUUGAUAAGAAUAAAGGACAAUUUUUUGAUAUUCAAGAAUUAUUCUUUAGAUUUACUGUUGAUUCAGCUACUGAAUUCUUAUUUGGAGAAAGUGUUUCCUCUCUUUGUGAUGAAGCUAUUGGAUAUAAUAGUGAACAGUUUGAUUUUGAUUGUAGAAAAGAAUUCCCAGAAGCUUUUAAUAAAUCACAAGUAUAUCUUGCUACUAGAUCAAUAUUACAAAGACUUUAUUGGUUAGUAGACAAUAGUGAAUUUAGAGAAUGUACCCGUAUUGUCCAUAAGUUUGCUGACCACUAUGUUCAAAAAGCUCUUGCUGCAACCAAAGAAGAAUUAGAAAAAGAAAGUGAUAAAUAUACAUUUUUAUAUGAAUUGGUUAAACAAACUAGAAAUCCAACGGUUUUACGUGAUGAAUCUUUAAAUAUCUUAGUUGCCGGUAGAGAUACAACUGCUGGUUUAUUAGCAUUUGCAAUCUUUGAAAUGGCAAGAAAUCCAGAUAUGUGGGCUAAAUUACGUGAAGAAAUCUUAACCAAUUUCCAAAAUAAUCUUGAAGAUAUCACUUUUGAAAAUUUAAAGAAAUGUGAAUACUUAAAAGCUGUCCUUAAUGAAACAUUAAGAAUGUAUCCUAGUGUUCCAAGAAACGGACGUAUUGCAACUAGAGAUACUACAUUACCAAGAGGUGGAGGUCCAGACGGUCAAUCACCAAUCUUGGUACGUAAAGGACAAGCAGUGGGUUAUGUCAUCAAUGCAACCCAUGUAGAUGAAACUUAUUAUGGUAAAGAUGCAGGUAUUUAUAGACCAGAAAGAUGGUUUGAAUCACAAGUUAGAAAAUUGGGAUGGGCAUUCUUGCCAUUUAAUGGUGGACCUAGAAUUUGUUUAGGUCAACAAUUUGCAUUGACUGAAGCUUCAUAUGUUAUGACUAUGUUGGCAUUGAAUUAUGAACAUUUACUGUUGGAACCAAGUAGUGAAUAUCCUCCAAAGAAAUUGUUACAUUUGACUAUGUGUUUAGAUGAUGGUGUUAACAUUAAGAUGGAAUAA